GCGUCAUAUUUCCGCGCCGCGCGCGAGAGAGCCGUGGAGGACAACGAGCAUGGGACACCUUGGAGGUUUCUUUCUUCUGGUCGUCCCUCUAACCUGCAGUCAUAUCUGGGGUGCUGCAGGUCACUCCCUGCCUGCCUGCCACCAGCAGCUGCAGUUCAGGUGCAGCGACGGCUCGUGCAUCCCGAGGGUGAGUGUGUGUGACGGACGCACGGACUGUGAGGACGGGUCAGAUGAACACCACUGUGGUCACCUGUGGUGUAAGAAAGAUGAAUUUCCCUGCCGCAGCAGACGCUGCAUAUCUCGUCAUUUUCUUUGCGACGGCGUGGACAACUGUGGUGACGGGAGUGACGAGGCCGCAUGCCAGAACUGCACCACCUUCUCCUGCGGGCCGUCUGACACCUGCCUGCCCGCGAACAAGGUGUGCGAUGGGCAACCCGACUGCAAAGACGGGCGGGACGAAUCUCGGGAGCUUUGCGGUUCGUCUCGGACUCGUCCGCAGACUUCUCCCACGUGUGCGCCGUCAGAGUUUCAGUGCGGAGACGGGCAGUGCAUCCGCCAGACCUGGAGGUGUGACCACUCCGCAGACUGCUCCGAUGGCAGCGACGAGGACAACUGUGAUCAGGACGAGUGUAAGGUGAAUAAUGGAGGCUGCUCUCACCGGUGUGUGGACCAGCAGAUGGGUUUCUUCUGUGCUUGCCCCGACGACAUGAGGCUGGUCAGGGACAGCCAGUGCGAGGAGGUGGACACGUGUCUGGAGAGCGAUGUGUGCGAUCAGCUCUGUGUCAACAUGAACGGCAGCCUCACCUGCGACUGCCACGAGGGCUACCAGAUGAAUCCAGCAACCAGAGAGUGCAAGGCCAAAGGAGAAGAGGCUAAGCUGGUUUUCACCUCUUCCAAAGGAAUGGGGUGGAUAAACAUCACUGGCACUGAAUACAGGGAGCCGACUCCACAUUUACCCGGACCGGGGCCAGUGGCGGCCUUGGCCUCUAACCGAACAGUGUACUGGGCCCGGCAAGGACGAGGCUCCAUAUACAGGGUCUCCAUGGAUGGAAAGCUGCAGGAUUCGGUGUUGGUGCUGAAAGGUCAAGGUUCUGUGUCAGGCCUGGCUGUGGACUGGAUCCACCAGCUCCUCUACUGGACCAGUAUGGAGAGCCGGUCUGUUAAUGUUGGCCUGCUGGACGGUUCGGCUCAGCGUCCGCUCAUCACAGGACUGGACAAACCUUCUGCAGUGGCUGUGGAUCCUCUCCGAGGGCUGCUCUUCUGGGCUCAGUGCGGCAGCUCCGCGAACAUUGAGAGGGCUGGCUUGGACGGUCGGGACAGGAUGGCUCUGGUCACUCACUUAAUCCGCCAACCUGUCGCUCUCUCUCUGGAUAUGCCUCGCCAGCUGCUGUACUGGGUUGACCAGGGAAUGAAAAGUAUCUCCAGAGUAAACCUAGAGGGCCGUCACCGCAAAACAGUGGUGGAGUCUAACGGUUACCUGGACCGGCCCUUUGGACUGGCUGUGUUUGAGGGUUUUGUAUAUUGGAGCGAAGAAGUGACGCGCUCCAUCUGCCGAGCCAACAAACACAACGGCAUGAACCUCCAGGUACUGCUGUCAAACGCCACCUCUGCGGGUGGCGUGGUCAUCGUUCAGCCUGUUCUUCAGCCAAACGGGCCACCUGUGUGCGGACAUACCAGGACGGUGUGCCGGCACGAGUGCGUUGUUGGCCUGCUGUCUGAGAGUCCAGAGUUCAGCUGCACUCCUCCAGAAACGGGACAAAAUAAAUCACAAGAAAUUCCGACCAUUUCUCGCACAGUACCUGCAUCAAGUCUGUCUGAUCCCACGUUUGCUGGAAUCCUCUCUCUCAUCAUGUUUCUCAGUGUGCUGCUGGUGGGAAUGGCUCUGUGGUGGUGGAGAGAGGAGUUCAGGCCGGCCAGGUCUCUCACUGAGCAGAGCUUCUCCCUCAAAGAGUCCCAGGACCCGCUCAUCAUCCAGGGGCCACCCAUGGAUCCAAACACGUGUCUCGUCAAGGAAACUCUGCUUAAGCUGGACUUGGAUGGUGAAUGAAGAAGGUGUGACACAGAUGGCCAGGUUUCACCUGGUGUCGCCUCUACCUCCCCACGACCUCAGAGCUGACAGGACGACAAGACAACAAACCAGCUGAUCAGCCCGUGGUGUCCCAAGGAGGCUCAAAUCCCUCAAGAAAUGACUUGGGAGGGGAGGUAAAUAUCAGAGUUCAGAUAGGGGAAAGGCUUUCAAAUAGUAACAAUAACUUCAGCAGUUUCGAAGACUUUCAGCACUUGCAGCCCUGGUGGCUCCUAAAUUGUCCUUGGUUAUUGAUGAGGAUGUUUGUUUAUAUUCACUGAGAGCUGAGAGCAGCAGUGAAUGUCAGCAUGAAUUCUUGAAUAUUUCACCUUAUUUUUUGGACCCUGAUAUCAGUCAUUAAGUAGAUGAGACUCUGCAUUUUUCACUAUUUCUGAGAUUUCACAGACCAAACAGUCAAUUGAAAAUCAUAAUAAGUUUGUUUCAGUCCUAAUGUAGAUUUUUAUUUUAAUGUUUGCUCAUACUUGCUCUCCCAACUCUAUGAAUGUUUAUUUCAUCUCACUGCAAUAGCCAAAACUUUACUUUUGCUGUACUGUGGAUGUUUUUUUUAACAUUCAGAGAUAUCAUGAAUAAUUUGACUCCAGUUUCUUCAGAGAAAAAAGUGGCUUUCCACUGGUUUGUUCUUGGCCUUCAGGAUUUUCACACUCUUGGUUUUCCAGUCAGACAAAUGCAUUAUUGCCUUGUUAAUGUGUGCUGCGGUUUCCUCAAUGAACAGUCUGAUCGGAUUAUGUAUUGAAAGAAAAACAGUGUCCACGCACUGGAUCGUAGGAACAGUUCAUUUUUGUAAAUAUGCGUCCCAUUUCCCACAAAACUUAGAUGAGAAGAUUGAUGCCACUCCCAUAGUUGAGGGUUAAUACGAAGCAACAAGUCUCAACCUCAUGGUGACAACCACGAAGUCACUGCUCAAGUUCCUAGAACCUGUGAUCAACAAUUCAACAGCUGGCUGUGAUUAAUGCAGUGUCGAUGGUGUCUUUACUUGCACUCAAGUUCAUCUGAAGUGGCCUUUUUAAGUUGAAUCGAUAGAUCAAAGCAGUAGGUUUGAUUCUCACAGGGGACAUCCGAUAUAAACAAAUGUGCAAUUGUGGCAUUGUAACACGCUUUUGAUAAAAAUCGUUCAUCAGAUAACUUUAGGGGGCAGAUUUCCUCUUCACUGACUAAACCACUGCUGUGCUUCAGCUCCUACACCAUGACGAGGUGCCACAGAAAUCUAGAUUUAUCCUCUUUGUUGGGAAGUUUUCCAAUGUUGGAAGAAAUGAUUUGGUUGUGAAUCAUAAUAGUGAAUAGCAGUAUUUUACGUUAUAGCAACAGAUCAACAUUUUGGGAGAUUCACUUAUUUGCUUUCUUGCUGAGAAUUAGAUGUGAAGAUCAAUAAGACUUUGACACACGUUAUAUCUGCUUUGUGUAUUGUGUUUCUUGCUGGCUUUCUGCUGCUCACGUGAUCAGACUCCAGGAAGUCAAGAGGUUACACAAAACCGCCUGUAAAGCCACAGCCUGUCAUUUUCACACUUUGUUUUUUGUACAGACGAAAAGAACGAGAUGCAAUGUGUUCAGAGAUGCUGGUCAGACAGACCCAAGCUAGCUGUUUUCCCCCUUUUUCCAGUCUUUAUGCUAAGCUAAGAUAACUGGCUGCUGGCUGUGGCUAUAUUUAUAUUGUUCAACUGCAAGAAAGCGUGAUUCCCAAAAUGUUGAACUACUCAAAAAGCUGCGAGGGUACCGGUGCUAGGGGCCUAUCUUAGGCGUAGGCAGUAAUACUGUAAUGUAGUUGGUGAAGUAAGUGUCAGUAACGAUGGAAAGAGGAUUUGUUGAGCUGCAGGCUUGGAGUUUUGAUUCCCUCCGUACGCUGGGGCUAAGCUGGGAUCAAUCUGUGUUUUGUUUGGUUAAAUGUGCACAGAGCCUGUUUAGUGUUGGAAUGAGUGCUUGGUUGAUGGACCUGCCUUGUUUGAAUUCGUUCUUUUUGUGUUAUUUCUCAAAGAAACAUGUAAGUCUGUGGGACCGAUAAAAAUGUAUCGGCGCUAAUUGGGAGAUAAUUCCCUAUGUGUGCUCAAACUGCUGAGUUGUGCGUUUGGUAUUUAUUUUUAAGGAAGGGUUUUAUUUAUUUUUGGGCCGAUACACAGUCAUUGUGUACUGUAUGUGCACCCUGGAUAAAACUGUUAGAU